AUCCAGGAAAAAAAUAUUGAAAUUAAUUUCUUAAUGGGAAAUAUAAAUGGCAACAUUUCAACAAUGUGAGUAAUGCCCAUUUGUGUGACAAUUAAUCAUACAUUCCCCUUUUCUAGUAGUCACUUCCACUGCAUGACACCAAGGAACAUAACAGGAGUUUCAGAAUUUCUUCUUCUGGGAUUUUCAGAGGAGCCAGAACUGCAGCCCCUCAUGUUUGGGCUUUUCCUCUCCAUGUACCUGAUCACAGUGUUUGGAAACCUGCUCAUCAUCCUGGCCGUCAUCUCAGACUCCCACCUCCACACCCCCAUGUACUUCUUCCUCUCCAACCUGUCCUUUGUAGACAUCUGUUUCACCUCCACCACCAUCCCAAAGAUGCUGUGGAACAUCCAGACCCAGAGCAAAGUCAUCACCUAUGAAGGCUGCAUCAUCCAGAUGCAUUUUUUUACACUCUUUAUAGGAUUAGACAUCUUCCUCCUGACUGUGAUGGCCUAUGAUCGGUUUGUGGCCAUCUGUCACCCCCUGCACUACAUGGUCAUCAUGAACCCCCGGCUCUGUGGACUGCUGGUGCUAGCAUCCUGGAUCAUAUGUGUCCUGCAUUCCUUGUUAGAAAGCUUAAUGAUGUUGCAACUGUCCUUCUGUACAGCCUUAGAAAUCCCCCACUUCUUCUGUGAACUCAAUCAGAUGAUCCAACUUGCCAAUUCUGACACCUUUCUCAAUAACAUGGUGAUGUAUUUUGUAGCUGUGUUGAUGGCUGGUGGUUCCCUCACUGGUAUUAUUUACUCUUACUCUAAGAUAGUUUCCUCCAUACGUGGAAUCACAUCAUCACACAGGAAGUAUAAAGCAUUUUCCACCUGUGCAUCUCACCUCUCCGUUGUCUCCUUAUUUUAUUGUACAGGCUUAGGAGUGUACCUUAGCUCUGCUGCUUCCCACAGCUCACACUCGAGUGCAACAGCCUCGGUGAUGUACACAGUGGUCACCCCCAUGCUGAACCCCUUCAUUUACAGUCUGAGAAAUAAAGACUUAAAGAGGGGUCUAAAAAUACUCUUUCAAAAGAAAACUAUAAAUAAGCCUAUUAUCCUAAGGCUUAAGAAGUACCCAUGA